GAUCAUCAAAUACUUCAUCGAUAUGAAGAGCAUUGCUAGAAAAGCAAAAAUCCCUGAAGGUGAACUGAUUGACAUCAUUAUCGAAGGAAUAGAUGAUCCGGUCAAUACUGCCGCUAUGCGUUUCGCCGCUCGUCGAAUGGAUGAUCUCCUACCUAUGCUAAAGAGAUAUGAAGAAAUACGAUCACGCCGUCCACCACCAUCUGCACCAACGGAUAAACGAUAUGUUCGCAACGCAUCGGGUAACAGCGAGCAAAUAAAGUGCUACAACUGUCUGCAGCUAGGGCAUUAUCAGAGCCAAUGUCAACGACCUCAACGUCCCUAUGGAUCGUGCCUUCGGUGUUCACAGACGGGCCAUUCACAUCGAGAAUGUCCAAGCCGUAGUAAAAUACCAGCCGCCGCUGUGAAUCCAACAAACGAGGACUCGGGCUUUUUACAACAAAUUCAAGCCAUGCAGGAGGAAGCCCCAGAAGUUUUAUAAAUGAAAAUUUGGUUCCUCCAUGCCUCUUGAAACAACCGGAAAAUUCAGGAUAUUGCGGUUUAGGUAACAGUGCGCUACUAUCGCUUGGACAAACUGAUUGUCGAAUUAAACAUCAAAAUAAUGAAAAAAUACAUGAGUUUAUUAUCUUACCGAAAAA